AUGGCAGGAACACGCUCUUCUGCACGCAAAACCGACAACAGUUCAAGCCCUGCAAAAGGCAACGAUGUCGCAGCUGGCACGAAACGCAAGCCAGAAGUCGAGCCGUCCCCCAAGCGAGAUCGCAAGGCGACGAAAAAACAGGCGACUAUCGAGGAGACAAUGGACACGACCAAGGAGGAAGACAGUGAGAUGAAAGACGCUUCUGACGACGCUCAGGACACAAAGCAAGCAGAAGAUUCCGAAGAGAAGGCCGAAGCGGCAGCUGUUGAAGACCUUGUGGACGCGAGCGAUGCGACAGCGUUAGCCACUGGUGACGACGAGAAGCCUUCAACGACUGACGCCAGGACGAAAAAGGACGACACUGAAGCCGCCCCCAAGGCAGACGAGACUACACAAGGAGAGAAGACGGAAGAGAACAAUUCCGAGAAACAAGAGAGCGCAGCGAAAGAGCCUGCUGGAGAUGGAGAAGGCGCGAUCGAGGAGUCUUCCCAACGCGCAAAGCAAAUGCCGUCAAACAUUCUUGAAAAGGGCAUCAUCUACUUCUUCACCCGCAACCGCGUCGGCAUCGAGGACUCCGAGAGCGUUGGCGAUCUUCAACGCACUUUCUUCGUUCUGCGACCCAUGCCAUCUGGAGCCAAGCUGGGCGAUGGUGCGCUCGCCGACGAUAACAACAUCCGACUCUUUGCGCUUCCCAAGAAAGUCUUUCCCAAAUCACACAACGACCGCUUCAUGGCGUUUGUCGAGAAGGCGAAUACUUCCAUCAAGGAACUGAAGGAGAGUUUCUUCGGCGCAAACGAGUACGAGACAAAGACACAGGGCAGCCGACGCACCGAGCCUGUCGCACCAGUAGCCGAAGGUGUAUAUGCGAUCACGCGCACUGAAGACCGCACAUGCCAUCUUGUCUACUCCACCACCAUACCCUCUGAACUUGGUGAGGUGCAAGAAGACCUAGGCAUCAAGGAUCAAGGCAGCUUCAUCAUGAGUGUAAAGAAUCCUGAGCGCAGUGGACCGGCUUCAGCUCAACUUGACCAGAAGCCUGGCUUCCCCAAAGAAUUCAUCGAAGAGUUCCGCGGAUUAGCUUGGGUCGAAGUAAAGCCAAAAUACUUGGACUACGAAUAUUGCCAGAUUCUGCUCAUCGGCGAGAAGAUGGAGGCUGGCGUCGAGCCUACUACCAAGGACCAGAAGCAUGACAAGGAGACCCCACUAGAGGAAAUCGAGAAGCUUGAACACGAGGAUGAGCUGCGCGUUGAGCAUCUUCACGGCGAUGAUUCUGUCUACGAUGACCUCAAGAUUAGCAAGAAGGAGUAUCCUCAGGUUGCUACUACCUGGUGA